ACAUCAGUCGAAUCAAUGGAAUUCAAAGCUGUUAAAAUUAUAUAGCUUCUUAUAACUAUCAAAAGCAAUUGAGAUAUAAAAUAAUAUAAAUUGAUGAGCUGUUUUUUUUAUAUAUAUAUAAAUUCAAUUAAAUUUUUGCACACAUCGGUAUGUGAUUCUUUGAAAAGUUUUACUAUCCAGGAUACCCAUACAACGACAACGCCCUUGACCCUUUUUCCAGGGGCAAAAUUACAUUUUACGAUUUGUUCUUUCCGAAAGCUCAGUCAAAGUAAGGGCCGUUUACAUUUAAAGACCUUUCAUCAAUUUCGAUAAGAUGGUUGGUCCAGAAAUAUCUCGACGACUGCCUUAUUUUGAAGGUCUAAAGAUCUCUUAUUACCAAGGGGUUAUGAUGGCUCUUUUUACUGCUGCCUCAGUUAGUCAUAAUCUUGUUCAUAAAAAGCCCAUGCACUCAGGUAAAAUUUACAUUCAUUUUGGCCUACUUCUGUAUUUUAUUUGUAACUUAACUGUAACUGUAAUAAUAUGUAUUUUAUUUAAUACUUUUAAACUUUCUUUAAAGUAAACAGAAAAAUCUAAGGGUCAAGUCUACUCUUCUUACUUUCUAUCAUAAACUAAACUAAGACUAAGCCUUGUUAAGUGUCGAAGUGAAGUAGGUUCUAUACUUAUGCUACUAUAAAUAUGUCUAAAGCCUUAAUUUAUAACAGAAUUAUAAAAAUUAUUAAAAUGGAGAUCUUUUAUAAAUUAACUUAGCCACAUCAUUUAACAUUAUUAUCAUCGGUGGCGCUACAGCCCAGGCCCAUGUCCUGAGUGUAUAUCACUUUUGCUGCUCUACAUCCUUUCAAUAUGUCCUGCCCAGCGCAGGCUGCCUUUUUUAUUGUUGCGACUAUGGGUGGGUCUUUGUACAAUUGUUAUAGCUCUUGGUUUGUACAGAUUCUCCAGACAUUAUUUUCCAUCACUGGGCCAUAUAGUUUUCUGAGGAUUUUCCUCUCCCAUGUAUUUAGAAGGUUCUCUGCGUUUUUGGUAAGUGUCCAAGUCUCUCUAGUGUAAGUUACUACUGGUCUUAUGAUAUACAUUGUAUAUUGUCUUCUUUGUUCCCCUUGAGAGGUUUUUGCUUCCCAAUAGCUUUUUUAGGUUGAAAUAGGAAGGGCUGCCUGCUGUUAUCCUUUUUUCACAACAUUAUUUCAUUGUUCAUUGUGCUUGUUUAUAGUUGCCCCUAAAUAUUUUAAUGUAGCCACUCUCUCAAAUUUAUGGUUGUUUAUAUUGAUGUUGUCAUAAGUGUGGGAUUUUUGUGACAUUAUCAUAUAUUUUGUCUUUUGUUCAUUUACAUCUUUGACUGAGGCAUUUUCAAGUUUCCUGAAUGCUUUAUUUAUGUCAUUACUGUUUCUACCCAGUAGCGCUAUAUCGUCUGCAUAUGCCAGGUACUGCAAUGGCUGGCUAUAUAUGGUUCCUGAUGGUUGUUGUUCUGUAAUACCUCUCUGGAAGUAGCUUGUUAUGGUUGCACUGGUGCUCAUGUGUAUGCUUCUAAUAACUUUUUCUAGUGUGAUGUUAAACAGGAUACAUGCAAGUGAAUCUCCUUGUCUGAGGCCGUGAUUAACUGGGAACGCCCUUGAGUAUUCUCCCUGCACCUUGAUUCUACUUUUAGAGUUAGCCAUCGUCAUAUGUAUGAGCCAGCAUUUGUCACAAGUAAAAUUUAAUCUUUCAGUUUGCAAAAUCUAUUUUAGAUACCGGUAGUUAUUUUGUAUGCUGAACUAUUUCCUUCAAUUCUGAAAGUGCUCAUUUAAUAAGUGGAAUUCUGUCCUGAAACUGAUAUAGUCUAAUUCUAAGCCAUUUUUCAAUUCAUAACUGUCAAAAGCCAUUCAAAUCAAAGUUGGCCAGAUCAGCUUAGUUAAACUUAAACAACAUAUUUUAAUAAAAUUCAAGAUUUAACUGGAAUGUGUUAUAAAAAUGACUCAUUGGAACAGUGAAAACCAAAGGGAUUUUCAUAUGUGUGUGCUCAACAUGUUAUACAUCAGCAGUAGUCUAAUUUAUACUAUACAAAUGAUCCAAUAAUGAUUUGCCUUAGGAUUUGAUUUAAUGAUUCUCUGAUACACCCUGCUUCCCAAAAGUUCAAUGAAUUUAUUGCAAAUUUUUUUGUUGACAUAACUAGAUGGCUUAAGUUGUUGUAAAUUGAGGCCAGAUAGUCCUUCGUCAUAGAAUUAAUUUCUCCAAAUAACUUCAUGAGAGCUGAAAGUUAACCAUGAUUUUAUUAUCACCUAACGAUUAUCUAUUUACUCUUAAAGUAAAUUUUGUAUUCCAAGAAAUAGAGCUCUAGCCACAGCAAAAUUUGCAAAAAUUUCUCUCCAUUUUUUAAAGAUUUUGAUUCAAUUUGUUUUUGAAAAGGCUGCAUCUAUAGGUACUCGGGUACAGGUACUCGGGUACCUAUGGUUGCCAAUGACUAUUCGCACCCGGACUGGCUCUGUACAUAUUAAAUGGCUUCGGAGCCGAAUGUGAUAACAAUAAUAGUAUGAUUAUUAUUUUUUUAAAUUGGUUUUUAUUCUUUUCUACUGCAUUGAUUAAUAGUCUUAUUAUUUUUAGUUGUUUUUUUAUUUUUGCUUUGUUAAUUUCUCUUAGUACCGGUAGAUUUUUUUUCUUUCUUAUUUUCUUUUUUUAGUUUAAGCCAUUUUCGUAGAUCAAUUUUUUUUUUUUUUUUUUAAAUUUAGUAAUGAAGAUGAUUUAGAUACAUUUUUUGUUUUUAUUUGAAUUUUAUUAUUUUUUGUUGUUUUUUUAUUUUUUGUUUGUUUAUUUCUUUUAUUUAUGGUAUAUUUUUUUUUUUUUUUUUUUUUUUUUUUUUUUUUUUUUCUUUUUCGUAGAUUAAUUUUUUUUUUUUUUUUUAAAUCUAGUAAUGAAGAUGAUUUAGAUACAUUUAUUGUUUUCAUUUGAAUUUUAGAAAAGUAAUAAUAUUAAUUUAAUUAUUAAAAUUAAAUCCUUUAUUUAAGAUUAUCAUGUGUAUUGUUUAAGUUAAAAUUAAAAAAUGUAAUCACACAGUACUUUAUGAAUUAAUUAGGUAUUCUAAAUAAUGAAAAUUUCAUUCAUAAUGAAUUAAUUUCAGCUAUUCCUCUAGAGAACUUGGCUUAGUCAGAACAAAACCACCAAUUUUAAACCUUUUCCUUGGCACUGGGAGUUAUACAUGCAGACACUGACUGUUUUUCCUGAUAUCUUGAAUCUCCUUUCAACAACCUUUCUCAUUUGAAUUGACCUAAUUCACAAGGUAGUUGCAAUGAACAUCUUAAAGUUAAAGGAUGCCAUUGUAUAAAGUAUGAGAAGGAGACUUAUUUUUGGAGGACUAGUCUUUUUUUUUUUUUUUACCAUAUCUGUCUACUGGGUCUAACACACUGGUACAUAAUUUAAUAGAAGAAAAAAACUGACUUGAGAAAAUUUUAUUUGGUUGUUAGUUAUUUGAGUUCUGUACUCAAGUAAUCCAUAAAAUAAAUUAGGGGCCAGUAUGGAAUAGGCAGCCAAUAAACUUAUUCAAUUAGGUCACAUCAUUCCUUUGCCAUUUGUCUCCUUUCACUUUCUCACCUUCCUUGUUGGUACCCGUACAGUUAACUAUUGUUUGUACUGUAUCAUUUCUUCAUUUAAGUACAGACGUAAUGAUUGAGUGGGAGCAAAUAUAUGUGAUCUGUGAAGGGAGUUUGGUUUCAAGGCAACUAAGUCAUGCCACAUUGAAAAUAAAAUACUGAUAACCUAAAUAAAUAGAGCCAUUGAAAAAAAUACAGUACAUACAAACCAUACACAAACAGAAAGACAAAAAUCCACUAAAAUUUAAAGAAAAAUUUGUUGUGACUUUUAUUGCAAAAAAUUAACCAUUUAAUACCAAUUUUGACUUUAGGCAAAAUGAAUAAAAACAAAUUUGUAUUGCAUUGUAUUGUAACUUAUUGUACUGUAUAGUAAAUGAAACUUGGCAUACACAUUAAGAAUAACAUUGACAAAAAGUUUAAAGAUUAUUAUUACACAGCAGUUAUUGGAAGGGUUACAAAUGGCAUGUAUGUGGGGGUCACAUAAAUAUUUGAGAACUCUUCAGGGGUAGCAAAUGUAAAAAUGUUAAAAAACUUUCUAGUUGGAUAUAUAUAUAUAUAAAAAAAAAAAGCCUCUGGAAUUUGGCAAAGAAUAUCAAUGAAAAGAAGCAUGCAAUGUUUUUAGGCUGUAGCUAGAAUACUUUUCCUCCCGAUUCAUUUGGCAUUCCUUAAAAAUCCGAAAAUGCAAAAUUGAGAAAAAUCAACAAAAUUUAUAAAAUUGUGUUUUUUUAAAUUAGAGGCUGCAUGAAUGAUAUAGGAUGCAUACACCAUGUGCAUAUAUCCUUCAUGAUUUAAAAAACAAUUAGAAAACUAAGACAGAAAAGAUAGAAAAAAAAAUUAACACACGAACCUAAUAUAUAAAAUGCAUAAAUACAAACAUUCUGAAAACUUUUCCUAUGAGACUUUUGUUUAAAAACAAUCCAUCAUAAAGUAAAGAAUCUCAAUUUAAAUAAGCAUGCAAAGUUUCAAUCAUGUAGUUCCAAAACUAUUCCUCCUGAUUCAUCAAUUGAUGUCAGAAAAAAAAUAAUGAAAAUGCUAUAUCUAUAAAAGCUGAAAAAGACACUGAAACAACAUUGGAUGCAUACAUCGUGAACACAUUCCAAAAAAUUAUUGUUAGGUUGUAAGACAAAAUUUGGUAUCAAAUGAAAGAUAAUUGAAUGGACUAUAUGUUUGUAAACUUAAUUCUUCAAUUUAACUAAAGGAACAUUAACUAAAAUAAACUACCACAAAUGACAUCUGAAUAGCAAGCCAUUUAUUUACACACCAAAAAGUUAUAAUUUUCAGAACAUUAAAAACAUUUACAUAUUUAUUUAAUACAAGUGGUUGAAAAUUGUUGGGGCAGCUAUCUUUUUCUUUUCAGGGUAAAAUUUUGUUUUACCUUCGGUCGCCCCUUUGGGCGAACUCUGUCAAAGUUAACUUUCCCAAAGAAACUAAUACCAUUUUCAGUUUCAAUUUUUUCUAAAUUAUUUGCAGCAACUGUUUCCUCGUGGGAAAAAUGAAUGUCAUUUAUAUCAACAAAAUCAAUUAGUUGACUUUGAAUGAAACUUGUUUGUGGUUCACCUUCAUCAAGUUGUGACCCCGAUUCAUUUUCAUCUAAAUUUUCAGGACUUUUCCAGAGACUUAUAGUAGUUUCAAGAAAGGAUAUUUUCUCUACAAAAUCUUGUUCUCCUUGAAUCGCCAAAAAAUUUGCCAAGCCCAUACAAAUUCUUUUAGCAUGAUUAAACCGACCCUCUUGAGUCUUAAAAUUAUUGUUUCUAGUAGAUACAAUGUGAGAAGUUACUGAACCACUAGAAGUAGAAGCAACCACUCUAGGAAUACUAUGUUUGCUAUAACGGCAUGGAAUUAACUCUGAACAAAAUUCUGGAAGCUGUAAAUGUCUUCGAACUGAAAAAAUAUGUCUGCAAGGUAAUGCCAUCUUUUUAGCAAAUGAACAAUUACAUUGAACUGAUGUUGAGCUAAAAAUAUGUUCCUUAUAAGCUACUGAAAAAAGUUCUGCCUCUCCAGGGACAACAGAGUACAGAACAGAUCGUGACAAUUUGAGCUGAUUGAGCAAUAGAGCACCAGCAAAGGAGGUAGCAACACUUUCAAUCUUAUUUACAUUUUCAUCAUUAUCAGAUGACGUAUACUGAGCUGUGUUUGCAGCAAGCAAUCUUAAACAAUCACAUACUGUUAAUUUGCAGUUGUCAAAAGACAUAAGGUUACGAAGAACAGAUGAAAAAGAAAGAUAAUGAGUCAAACUCUUUUUUAUUUUGGCAUGAUAAGACUCCAAGUGAUUUGUUGUUGUCGCAUGGAGUCUUAAAACAUCAGCAUUGGAUGAUGCUGCCCAUAAAUGGGCCUUACUCCACCAGUUCGACUCAAAAUACUCCAAAGCUACAUCAGGAAGAGUAUCUUUCAUGUCUUGCAUCAACUUUAAAAAUUCAUCACACGACUCAGUAUAAACUUGAGACAUAAAUCCUUCAAGAAUUGGCUUAACAUGCUCAGGACCUACAUGUUUCGAAAGAAACCUGUGCACAGCCUGGUUAAUGUGAAAAUGACAUAGAUUAACAGGUACAUUUGGAAACAGAUCAUUUAUAGCAGAGAUUUCAGCCAUGUCUUUGUCAACCACAAAGCACUUGAAAAGACUGGCAUCAGAAUUCUUCAGAAGAAGCUGCAAACAAAGAGAAAUAGAUUCCUUAUCUUCAUUUUUUACAAAACCAUGAAGAACAGGAAUGCCCCUGCCCUCUCCAUCAAUAACCAUUACAGUCAAAAGUGGAUAUAAAUAUUUAUUGGUUUUAUAUGUGAAAUCCAUUAAUAAAACCUCUGGAUAUUGGGCAAUAAUUCUAAUCAUAUCAUCAGUCAUGUAUGAUAAAUACUUAAAUUCCCCACAUGACAAUUUGAGCUGAUUGAGCAAUAGAGCAGCAGCAAAGGAAGUAGCAACACUUUCAAUCUUAUUUACACUUUCAUCAUUAUCAGAUGACGUAUACUGAGCUGUGUUUGCAGCAAGCAAUCUUAAAUGAUCACAUACUGUAAUUUUGCAGUUGUCAAAAGACAUAAGGUUACGAAGAGCUGAUGAAAAAGAAAGAUAAUGAGUCAAACUCUUUUUUAUUUUGGCAUGAUAAGACUCCAAGUGAUUUGUUGUUGUCGCAUGGAGUCUUAAAACAUCAGCAUUGGAUGAUGCUGCCCAUAAAUGGGCCUUACUCCACCAGUUCGACUCAAAAUACUCCAAAGCUACAUCAGGAAGAGUAUCUUUCAUGUCUUGCAUCAACUUUAAAAAUUCAUCACACGACUCAGUAUAAACUUGAGACAUAAAUCCUUCAAGAAUUGGCUUAACAUGCUCAGGACCUACAUGUUUCGAAAGAAACCUGUGCACAGCCUGGUUAAUGUGAAAAUGACAUAGAUUAACAGGUACAUUUGGAAACAGAUCAUUUAUAGCAGAGAUUUCAGCCAUGUCUUUGUCAACCACAAAGCACUUGAAAAGACUGGCAUCAGAAUUCUUCAGAAGAAGCUGCAAACAAAGAGAAAUAGAUUCCUUAUCUUCAUUUUUUACAAAACCAUGAAGAACAGGAAUGCCCAUGCCCUCUCCAUCAAUAACCAUUACAGUCAAAAGUGGAUAUAAAUAUUUAUUGGUUUUAUAUGUGAAACCCAUUAAUAAAACCUCUGGAUAUUGGGCAAUAAUUCUAAUCAUAUCAUAAAGUUACUUUGCAAUAAUAAGUAUUAUGUAAAAAAUAUGCUCUGCAAACAUUAUUAUUAUUAGUGGUCUUAUAAAAUGUUCCCUUUAUGUUGCGCUGCCGCGCAGCCACCUCACAGGUGCUGCGCAGCAGUUUUGAGUAUCCGCGCAGCAAAUUUCCCUGUAAAUGUGUGUUUGUGUUUCUGGACUGUAAAAUUUUGCACACAAAAAAAAUUGAUGCUGUAAAACUUUGCCCAUAACUGUAGGAUUUUGCACACUAAACAACAAACCUUAGAGGGAACAUUGGUCUUAUAAAGUGCGGUACCCCAGCCUAGGGCUGGGCUCACCGCGGUGUACAUAAAAAUAACUAACCUUCACCUUGGGGAUAAAUGUUUUAAGUUUAUUAUAUGUCACAAUAUUCAAAAUUAAGAUAUAAAACUCUGUUUGGACUAUUUAGAAUUUAUUAAAUUUAAUUAUACUGUUAAAUAGAUUUGUCUUAAUUUUUUUCAAAACCUUUCUAUCGUAAGGGUGGUAACCCUAACAUUAACCUAAAGUUUUCAGUGAUAAAAUUUCUGAGCGCCCUAGAUUGAAUGGGUUAAUGAAUAUAUUCAUAUUUAAGGUGUUCCAAAUUGGGAUCUUUCAUCUUCUCGGACGAUCUUUUAGUGAAACACACAUUGUGUUCUUUACAAAAAUAAUUCAAUUCGUCUUCAAAAGACGCAUAGGUGUCAAAAUUGCUGCCAACCUCCAUUUUUCUUAAAGAAAGCGCGGCAAACUUGUCGAUUAUUAAGCCUCUUGUUCGGAUCAUGUUUUUUUUUCGAUUACUAAGACUUUCGGGUGCGAAUAGUCAUUGGCGACGAUGGGUACUCGGGUACCUAUAGCCACAUCGUUUUGAAAAAGUAGCACCAAGCAGUCAGAACUUUUUAACUCUUUCCAAGCUAAGAAUGUAGAAGUACCAUACAAUGUUUUUUAAUGACCUGUGGUCCUUGAUUUCAGCUUUUGCCUCCAAUUUUUUAGCAGGUAUUUUAACAUUAAAAAGCAAGAUCACAGUAAUGUUAAAUUAGCAUGAUAAUACCAAUAAAAUUUAAAACAAAAAUUCCAAAAGUAAAUGUUAUUAAUUCUUUAAAUAAAAAUAACUUUGGAACUGCUGCCACCCUUAUUGUGCCGCGUGACCAAGUUACUUGCUUCGCAAACCCCCCCCUACUAUGUUCGCCACUGCAUAUAAAUCCAACAUAGUGCCUUUGUGGGACUUUCUAUUUAUUACUAAACCAAAAGGCUAAUAUACUUACUGCAAAUUUAUAAUUAUAGGCUAUCUGUACUUUCUUAAUGAUUUAAAUGCUCAUCUCAUGUCAUAAACCUAGUUAUUGUAAAUGCAGUAAUAUAAAUAACUAGAACUUAGCCAGAGGUGCAUAAAGUGGUGGGAAAUCACAUUAAGUAUUAGGAUCAUUUAAUCUAAGAAAGGAUAAUCUGCAAGCACUAUAACUACAAGUUGCUUUAGGCCUAUAGCCUAUAAUAUAUUUUAGCCUUUUCGUAUUUCUUUUUUUUUUAAAUUUUAUUUUAAUAACAUUCAAAGCUCCGAUGUAAUAAGUAAAAAAAAAAAAUUUUAAGCUACAUGAUUAUAACAAAAAGUGUAGAAGUUUCUAGCAUUGCUGUUUGGGUAAAAUAUAAAUGUCAUAAAUAGGCCUAAGAUUUUAUUUUUAUUUUGGGAGAGUGUGAGGAGAGAACUUUGUAGACUUUGCCCUGGGCACAGCUAUUUUUCUUUGUUUGUACCAGUACAUUCUUUUUUAGGUCUCCAUAAAAGUUGAUGAGGGUGACCAACAUAAGCACAUACAUGACUAUAAAGAUGACCCCUUCAAAUAUGUUGAUACAAAGUCAUUUCUACUCUACAUUGUAUUAUUUAAGUUAUUAUGUUAGUUUUUCCUCAGUUUCAAAGAUUGUAUGCAUUAUUGUAAAUGCAGAAUUUUCUACAACCCCUUCUCUGUCAUUUUUUUUCUUGGCAAAUACAGAUAAAAUAUUUAUCAAAUGGAUUGACUCGUACAUCAAUUUAAAACACUAUCCACAGCUCCUUUGAAGCAUAUAGCUGCUGCACUUCUUGGUAUAUAUCCUGGGACUUUAAUAGAUGAGUUCCAUGAUAGGCGAAGAAAUUUGAAGGUGUUAGUUAUUGAAGAUUAUAUUUCUAAACAUCCUGAGGACUUCCCCUGCUCAGGUAAGUUUGUAAAAAUGCUACAUAUUAUCCUAACAAUCAAUGCAUUCAUUUGGGAAAUUUAAAGGAAAGUGAAAGGAAAGCUUGUGAAUCAUUUAUAUUUAGGAGUAUAUACUUGAAAUAAAUAGAAAUCUUUUUUGAAUGUUUUUGCUAAAGCCAGUGAACUUUUUAAAACUUUCUGAGCCCAAUGUUAUCAAAUGAUUUUUUAUAUAUGCUUAAAUUAUUUUAAAUAGCCUAUAUUUGCAUUAUCUGGCAUUAACUUUGUUGCUUGUUGUAAUUUUAAACUAAUAGUAACAGAUCAAUAGUUUUUUUUAAUCUCUGAAAUAAACAAGUCCAUAACUUUUUACUGAAACUGUAUGUCAAAGAUACUUAUGAGUUAUUAGUUUUAUAGUGUCUUAAACUUAUUGGAUUAAGAACCUUCUUCGAACAUCAUGUUAUCUCAAUAGUUUUUCCUCUCGCAAAUUACUUUAGGCAUAUAUUGUAUUUUUUCAUCUCACCUUUAUUACAUGUAUAAAUACUAUUUGCAUUGUUCUAGAUUGAAAUUGAAUAUUUCUUACUAAAAUUGUUGUUUUUUUCAGCACCUAAAAAGUAUAAAGAUAUUCUGUUGUCCUGGCAUCCUACAAGAUAAAGGUUCAAGCUAGAAAGACAUAUAAAUAUAUAUAUAAUAUAUAUUUAUAUAUAUACUCAUUAGUAAGGAUAUCGUUAGUACCUACAAAUAGGGUAGCGAAAAUGUUUAACUUUCUUAAUUAUUUUCAUUCUUAACAAUUCCAACUUAUUAUUGAAGGAAAAUUGUUUCGAGCUGAUUAAAUUCUUAGCUAACAAAACUCUGCUUAUACUUGUUUUUCUGGUAUGAUGUACUUCUGUGUAGCUUUACGAUUUUGUGUGAUUGUCUCAAGUUUAAAUGACCAACAUUCUCCAAAGUUUAUCUAAAAUUGUGGGUGCCUGAGAUCCAAUAGUUUUAUAUUAAAUGUGUUUGAUAAUCAUAGUUGAUGAGCAUUAAGACUUGUUUUAAUAUAAUUGUCUUGCUGAUUUUUUUUAUUGCAUUGUUGCAUAUUGUUAUUUUGAAAUAAUUUUAAGUAGUUCAUGAAAGAACAUUGAUGAAUAUAUGUUUAAAUAAAUGGAAUAAUUCAGAAGAUUUUUAUGCAGUCUUUUUACAAGGUUUUUUUUUUUUUGUUGUAUUUUUGUAAUCAGCAUGCUAUUGAAAAAAAUCUUGUUUGCCUCAAGUUGCGUGCGGACCUCUAUUUAGCUAAUAUAAAAGAAAUCCAAUUUACAGAAAGAAAACGUUAAAAU